AUGAAUAAAAUUUUUAAUGUUACAUUUUAUGUAUUUAUUUUAAGUUUAUGUACUUGCGAAAACAUCGCAAAAUGUAUAGAAAAUACCCAAAAUUCUGAAGUUACAAGCCAGAUAAAAUAUAAUUUGAGGAAGAAUUCAUCAGUAAGUAAUAUUUAUUUACAAAAUGAGCAGAAUAAUUUGGAGUCAAAAGAGAAUGAUAUUCAAAAUGAUAAAGAAUUAGAUGGAAAUAAUAACGAAAAUAAUACAAAUGAAGAACAUAGUAAAAUCUCAAAAAGUGUAAAAAAUAUCAAUGGUAUAUAUAUUAGACAAGAUAUCUCACAAUUGACAAAAGACAGUUCAAACGGAACAAGUAUUACUCCAGAGGAAUUGGAACAGGCGAAUGUAAAAGCCCAAGAAGAUGUAUCCCCGGUAUUAGUAUCAUUAACAGAUGAAUCAGGUACAGUGACAAAUCAACCCGAAAACUCCCCUGAUUCUGGAGAUGGUAAAAGUAAAGAAAGUACUGUUGAUAGUGGUACAGGUGAUGGAGUACUUGUUCCACAAGAAAAAAAUAUUAAUCCUACAGAUGAAUUGCCGCAACAAAGUUUACAAUCUGAAACACGUGAUAAUGAUACUUUGGUAACUACUACUGAAAACCAAGACCAAAAAACAAGAACUAUUGAGGAACAAGCUUCCGACACAGAGAUAAAAGCAGGAACAACAAUCCCUGAUACAACAAGAACAGACCAAGAACCAUUAGCAGAAAAAACAGAACAAGAGCUUGGAAAAGAACCAGGAAAACCCGAAUCAUCAGAAUCAUCGGAUUCAUCAAUAGCUACAGCGUUACCGGAUCCGCCAGAACCACCAAAAGUAUCAGUAUCAUCUACUGAACAAGAAAGAGAAGAAGAACCUUUUGCAGAGAAAUCAUUGGAUGUAUCAGAAUCUCCAGCAGAAACGGAAAGGCAAAAUCUAACAUCUGGAGAUAACACUUCACAAGAAGCUCCAGCAAAAUCAGUCCUCCCUACAAAGGAAGUACAGGAAGACGAAGAAAAAAAAGAACCAUCAACAACACCUGAUGCAGUAGCAGAAUCAUUAGCAACACAAGAAACGUUAUCAGAACACACCCGCAUGUCAACCGAAAUAGGACCACCACCAUCACAACAGAAAGAUGAGAAACAACAAGGACAGCAGAAAGAGCAGAUGCAAGAACAGAAGCAAGAACAGAAGCAAGAACAGCAAGAUGUACCGCAGAAAGAACCACAUCAAGAACACCAACCCACUGAUCUUCCACCUGCUCCGGUUAAAACUCCACCACCUAGUCAGCAAGAUAAACCGACUGGUCAUGGACUAGUGAAAAUAGCAGAAGGAGUUGAAGGAAAAAAUAAAAAUCAUGGUAAUAACACCAGGAUUCCUGAAAAAACCAAAAAAGAAGAAAAUCAGAGUGCUCUUGAAAUAGUAGAUUUAACCAAAGAAGAAAGUCUUAAUGUUUUGGAUAAAGACGAAGAAGUAGCAGAAGAAAAAGAAGAAGUAGAUGAAACAGAGGAGGAAAGUAAAGAAGAUAUGGACAUAAUAGAAGAAGAUGACCUCCAGGUAAAAGAAGAACAAGACGAAGUAGAAGAAGAAGAAGAAGAAGAAGAAGUAGAUGAAGUAGAUGAAGUUGAUAUACCAACUGAAGAAGGAAAAAAACACGCCCAGGAAAACUACCACAAAACAAAUAAAAACGGUGAAGAACAGAAAAGAGUAAAGAAUAACAUUGCACUAAAUGACAAAAGUGCUCAUAAGCCACUUAUCCUUAAUUAUAAAUUUAAUGAUAACGCUGAGAAAGUAACUGAAGCAUUAGUGAAAACGAUGAUUAGUGCAGUCGGGGGAAAUACUGGGAUUAUUGACACACUCAACGAUUUAGCUGGAGAUAUAUCUCAUUUUGUUCUAAAUAAUACAUAA